AUGGAUGUUAAGAACGCCUUUCUCAAUGGUGAUCUCACUGAGAAAGUUUCUAUGCAACCUCUGCCUGGUUCUCUGUUCCAUUCAUCAAAUGCUUAUGAUUCUGCCUUGUUUAUACAUCAGACAGAGCGUGGUAUUAUCCUUCUUCUUAUCUACGUGGAUGACACGAUCAUCACUGGCGAUGACAUAACGGGUAUCUCUAGUCUCAAAAAAUUCCUCAGUCACCAGUUUGAGAUGAAAGAUUUGGGUUUGCUUAGCUAUUUCCUCAGCUUGGAAAUUUCUCAUGAUCUUUCUAGUUAUUUUCUCACCCAGGCCAAGUAUAUCUCUGAUCUCUUGACUCGUGCUGGUCUUACCGAUUGCAAGACAUCUACUACUUAUGUUGAUCCUAAGACUCGUCUCAUACCUCUUGAUGGUCACCUAUUAUAUGAUCCUACUUUAUAUCGUCAGUUAGAUGGCAGUCUUGUCUAUCUCACGAUUACUUGUCCGAACAUUUCCUAUGUUGUUCACAUUGUCAGUCAGUUCAUGGCUGCUCCUCGCACUCUAUACUAUAAUGCUCUAGUUCAUAUUUUGCGCUAUCUAAAAGGCACUAUGUUCCAUGGUCUUCACUACUUAGUACACUCUUCUCUACAGUUACUUGCUUUUUGUGAUGCAGAUUGGGCAGGGGAUCCUACUGACCGCCACUCUACUACAGGGUUCUGCUUCUUCUUGGGUGAUUCUCUCAUUGCUUGGUGUAGCAAGAAGUAA